ACUAAUUAGUCUAAAGAGGGGGAGAGAGACAGAUACAAAGAGAGAGAGAGAGGGAAGACAGUGGUUACGUAUCUCUUUCUUCGUAUAGAAAGAGAAAGAGAGACAGAGAAAAGACGGACGCGUUGUGAGCCGGUAUUCGCAUCUACUCGCGUGUUCUCUUUCCAUUUGCAUAUUGUUUCUUUCUUAUCCAACUUCCUCUUCCCUCUCUCCCUCUUCUCCGUUCGAUUUCCUUCGUAUAAUUCCUAACCUCCCAUAGUAUAAUAAAAAACGACAAAAACGUGACUACGAAGAUACGAAAAGAAAAAGAGAUAGAGAAAGGAAGAAAAAGAAAGAAAGAGAAAUAAAUAAAGAAAGAAAGAAAGAAAGAUGGACCCUCUUCGCGAGCAAGUGAUGAUCAAUCAAUUUGUACUGGCUGCCGGUUGUGCCAGAGAACAAGCAAGACAAUUCUUGCAAGCUACUCAUUGGCAAUUCGAGAUGGCACUUAGUCUCUUCUUCCAAGAAGUGGCGAUACCUUCUUGUACUCAGCCUGGUACUCCUUUCGGUCAAAUCACACCGUGCAAUACACCAGCAACGCCACCGAAUUUUCCAGAAGCGUUAGCUGCAUUUUCGAAAAUGUCGGCUGGUGAAAAAACUCCCACAGGCAUGUCUCCGAGCCAAAACGGGUUGCAACAAAGUUCAACGGCGACAGUGGCGCAGCAUCACGGGGUGCGGUGUAGCAUCUCCGGCAAUGCACAACAGCAAGUUGUACCGAGCCAACAACAAUUUGGCUUGGGUGAAUUACAAAGAUAAGGAGAAAAGAAGAUGCGAGCCGAUAGGAAGAUGCGUCUUAUCACGCGUUUGUACGAAGAUGUGGAGGGGAAAGAGGAAGAAAAAGAUAAUAAUGAUAAUAAUAACGAUGAUGAUGAUGAUGAUGAUGAUGAUGAUGAUGAUGAUGAUGAUGAAGAUGAUGAAAAAAAGACGACGAUGACGAUGAUAGUGAUCAUACGAGAUGGUAGAAAAAGCUUGAUCCUCGAUAUGGUGUUUCACAAAUCGAGGCAAAAAACAAACAAAACGAAAAAAAGUAUUGCUUGGUUCUCCUACGGCUAAUAACAUACACUGACAGCUACGACAUAGCGAGUAGCACCCACGUGACUUUCCCUCUAGCGGAGAACUUACGACUCACGACGACGAUAUACGAGCAAAUUCGAACGAAGCCGAGCAAAACCGAACGAAAGCGCGAUCGAACGAGAGUCACGUUAGUGUCUCUAUUGCUCGGACUCGUUCGAAUUUCAUUUCUUUGUAUUUGUUCUCUCUCUCUCUCUAUCUUUAUUAUACUCUUCUUUACUAUCUUACUCUCUUUUGUCAAACGUCGUGUCGUGUCUCACAAAAAAGCUGCAAUUGUUUCCUAUUCGUUUUUACUCCUCUUAUUGUUCUUUUCAUUGAUUUUUUUUCUUUCUUUUUCUUCUUUUUAAAAGGAACAGUAGUGUUCCUACGACUACGAAAGACAGAAAUACCCUUUAGCGUUUAUCGAAAAUAAUAGUACAUAAUCCACAGAGAGUUUGUGUAGUGUGUGAUUUGAUGUAAAAGCGGUGAGGAGAGUAGCUUGUCGAAGCCAUGAUUUAAAAAAGAAAGUGUAAAAGAAUUCAUAAAAUGGCUCCGUAAAGUAUCCGCUGUUCUGUUUCACUUCGUUUAUUUUAUGUUUGAGAGUAUAUCAAACGAUAGGCUUAUAUAAAUAUGUACGCGUUUGUCACUUGGGAGCUUUCCAACAAUUAUGGAAGGCUGUGAAAACAAAAUAAAAAGUACGAAAGAUGGAGGUUCCUCGUCUCCACGUGACGUGAAUACGAAAAAAUGAAUUCGAAAAAGCGAUAAGAAUUCUCGACUUUCUUUUGUUAUAAACCAACUGGAAUUUAAAAUAGGGCUGUUCGUUAAAUUCGAAUUACCCGCCGUCUAACUCGCCAAGAGUGGCACUAUCGUAGUAAAACCCAUCAAUUUUUAUUUCAAUAUGAACUUCAUUUAAAAAACUUAACUUCACACGAUCGUAAAAUUGUAAAGAUCGCCCUUUUUUUAAGAAAACCAAUGCUCUAUUUAUUUAUUUAUUUAUUUCUUUUUUUGGACAAAAUCGUCCAGUACUAUUGAAAAUGUACCGAUUGAGUAAAAUCACUUAUUUUUAUUCCACAAAAUGAAAGUGCUUAAGUACAGUCCUUUUUCAGUUUACUAUGAGUAAAAUACAAAAAAAAAAAUAUAAAAUAACCAAAAAAAAAUUACAAAAAAAAAAAUCAAAUAUAAAUGUUACAGAGAUUAUGUUACUGCCUACUAUAUGCAUGGAAUAAUUCCAGUCUCUCUUUCUCUAUCUCUUUCUUUUUCUCUUCUAUUCUCGCGAACAACUGAUAACGAUCCUUACCUAAUCAGAAUUUAGCAGAUAUACAAAAAUUAUUUAUUUUUUUCUAUUUGUUCGACAUAAAACAUCUCAAUGAGAGAUAUCAAUCGAUCAAUCAAUCAAUCAAUCAGUCAAUUGUACGUUCGAAUUCGUUCAGCAUUGAAAUCCCAGCUUCUACUUCUACGGCAAAUAAAUAAAUAAAUAAAUAUUAUUAUUAUUAUCAUUAGUUAUAGCGACAUGAGUUUAGUUUUAUUAAAUUCCGUCGAAUAUUAAUGACAAAAAUAAAAACCCCUUGUUGUUGUUAAUAACAAUCGCCGUAGGCAAAAAACUAAACAAAUUGAAUGUAUGUACGUAUAUAUGUAUGUAUGUAUGUGCUGAUGAAUGAAUGAACGAAUGAAUAAAUGUGUUUUCAUCGACACAUAAUGAAAAAACUAAGAUUGAAUAACGUGAGGAUCUCUCUCUUUUUCUCUCUUUUUUUAUAUAUAUAAAUAAAUGUAUCAUCGAAUAGCCCAUAUUACGAUCUUGCAAAACAGAAAAAAAGAAAAGCCGCAAGAAAUAUGUAACUUGUAACUUGAAAAAAAAAGCGUGUUGUAAUAGAAUUUUCAAAUAUGUUGAGAGAUAUUAUUAGUUGGUCUUGUUGGACUUUCGCUGCAGCUUUUUUCGCCUUGCAUUCGUUUAUGUAAAUACUUAUUAUUAUUUUAUUACUAUUAUUAUAUUAUUAUUAUUAUUAUUAUUAUUAUUAUUAUUAAUUAUUAUUAGUAGAUAUCAGCGAUAAAACGAGAAGGAAAUACGAUAAGAAAUGGUUUUUCUUUUCCAUAAGGUACACGCUUUAAUAUCUUCCUUGUGUUUGUAACUUGUAGGCUAUUAAGACAAAAAUGCUAUUAUGUUAAUUAAAUAAUAUUAUUAAUUAUUAAUUUUAUUAUUAUUAAUUACUAUUAUUGUUUAUUUCAUUAUUAAAUAUAUAAAUAACGAUUUAUGUAAAUAAUUUAGAAGGAGAAAGAAAAAAGAAAAAAAAAACAAAUUAUCUAAAUAAAACAUUAAUAAUGGUGCUUUCAUAUAUGUACUAUUCAAAUUUUAUGCGUCUCUUUCGUUAGACCUUUAUAUCGAAUGACGAAACCGUCGUUGUUUUCGUUCCGUUUUGAGAAUCAAUGAAAUAUUUUUAUAAAUCGACUAUCGGCAACAACAAAAAGACGUUAUGUGUGUGCGUGUGUAUAUAUAUACAUACACACAUAUUAAUAAAUUAAUAAAUUAAUAAAUUAAAAGAAGAUCACAGAUGCGUGAGAAAUAGAUAAUAAUUUGCUGCUUAUUAUUAAUUAGAGAUUAUAAUACGUUUUCGAUUCAGAGGUUAUUAGUCAUUAUCACGAUGAAUCAUUCUUCCAUUUAAUUAUAUAUAUUAAAAAUCACGUGUGAUUUUGUGGCAAACUACUUUCCUGUACACUAUAUAUAUAUAUAUAUAUGUAUGUAUAUAUAUAUAUAUAGAUAUAUACAUACACACAUAUAAAAUAGUGUAUGUAUAUGUGUCCGUUUCAUGUAGAAAAUGUAUAUACAAUUGAUAUAUACCGAUGACAAUAUCGAAAAUGUAUAAUUUUCAAUCUCAUUCUUGCUCUAUAUCUUUCAUCAGAUAGUUUCAACACCUUUGCCUAGAUCAGACCAUCUAUCUGGCACUGGUAGAAAAUAACGAUGCAUCGCUGCUAUAAAUCUAGCUCUAUAUUCCUCUGGUGAGAUUAUGGUUGGUAAUUUUCCUUGGCCACCUAAUAUGCCGGAUUUCUUCACCAUUGUUUCCAAUUUUUUAUCCCACGUGAACGUCCUUAUAUAAUCUGAUACAAUAGCAAUAAUUAUUAAAUUUUUAAUAAGAAAUGUGAAACGCGCGCGCGCGUGUGUGUGUGUAUGUAUGUAUGUAUAUAUGUUGUGCGCAAUAAAAAAAAAAAAAAAAAGAAACAUACCUAUUAUACCCAAAACAAGUUCACCUGAACUCGGUUCCAAUCCUACCAAUAGCGAAUAGUCCAUAACAGAAUUGUCUGCUAAAAAUUUGGUGUCGCUUUUAAUCGCUUUGUUUAAUACAACCUUGGAAUGAGAUCUGAUGUAUAAAGGUGAGUCGCAGCUCACUAAAACGAUUAAAUUAUAAUUAUGAGAUAAAAGUA